UUACCCACAAUGACCAAAUACAUCACCCACCUUGAUGUGUCCCUUGAUUCUGAUGAUGAGCAAAAGCUCCAGGCCCAAGGCUACAAGAAAAUCAAUGUUGAUCUGAACAAAGGGGUAGGAGGAAAGUACAUCUAUAUUUGGUACAAAUACGGCUCAACCGCAAUCACCAGGAUUCAACUUACAUUCAAUGAUGAAAUGGCUGUUGGAUUGAUCAAUGCAGGCUACACAAAGGUCGCUAAAGACCUCAAUGAUGGAGCACAUGGUAGUGUCAUCUACCUGUGGUACUUCAGAGGGGUAAAUAGAGAGUUCCAUACUCCCAUAGUGGAAAUUGAUGUCACUACAGAUGCAGGAAGUGAAGGCAUGAAGCUUCGCCAGGGGUGGGAGAGACUGGCCUGUGAUGUGAACCGUGGUGCUAGAGGGGACUGGAUCCACAUCUGGGUGAAGAGAGAGAAACAAACAUACAUCUGUGAUGUCACUGCCACUGAUUCCUCCGGCUCAGACUCCGACCUCUUUAGGCAGGGGUACAUCCGUGUGGAUGAAGAUACUAAUAGGGGUGCAGGAGGAGCCUAUGUCUUCAUCUGGUACCGUCAGACCACCAACUGCAAGGGUGCACUCACUGAUCUGAAUGUCUCCACCAAUGAAACCGAGCGUCAGGCCCUUCAGCAGCAGAAUUACAUUCCAGUGAAUGUGAACCUCAACGAAGGAACCUGUGAUAACCUGAUAUACCUGUGGUACAGGAAGGAUGGAGUCAACAAUCCCAUUAAGGCCAUCACCCUGCUUCUCAACAUGGCUGCUGUUGAAGUGUAUAAGAAGGCUGGUGCCAAUGUUAUUCAACGAAAUCUCAAUGCAGGGAAUAAUGGCAGCACUGAGUACGUGUCUUACUAUCAGUGAAAGCCUGAGAAAGAGUUCUUCAUGUUAACAGAGCUGAGAAUCAUCAGCACAAGUGCAAAGCUCAGUCCAACAAUGCUGUUAAAUGAUUUUGAUGAUUGUUUCUAACCCUUUUCUCUCUUUUCAUACAGUAUAUGAGACAAUGUGAUUAAUGAUAUUACAGUAGACUCCUGGUUAUAUCAGAGAGUAUCAAUGGUAUAUGGGUCGUACUGUCAAACUUUCAAAAUAUGUUUUUCAACAAUGUUAAUCGAUCGUUGUACGAUGCAUAUUACGCCUCUGUAUCACUUUAUUCUGCACAUUUCCUUCUUUUUUAAUA